AUGGAUGGUAAAUCGAAAGAUUCUACAAUUAUUAAACCAGAAUCGAGCGGAUCGAAUUCGCUUUUUUCAGAGUGGAUCGAUUAUAUAUGGGAAAACACACCUAACAUAUCAAACCUAAUCCAAUUUGGAGAGAAGGAGGAAAAGUACUCACUAACGCGCGACUAUGAAUCCGCACAUAGACUAUACGAAUCAAUGACAAACAGGCUAAAAAACCAGACGUUCACAGAUGGUAGUCGGAGUAACGCCAAGGGAGACUCGACCUCAGAGGGAAACGAGGCGAAUAAGAAGCCGAGGGGAGUUAGCGUGGACACAAUAUUGUACGAUAGGCUGGAGCUGAAGCCCACAGCCACGAAGGCUGAAAUUAAAGCAAGUUACCGCAAGCUGGCACUUAAGUAUCACCCAGAUAAAAACGAGAGCGCAGACGCGAAGAAAAGGUUCCAGGAAAUAGGAGAGGCCUACAGCAUUUUGUCGGACGAUGCGUCGAGAGAAAACUACGACAAAGGAGGACUGAAAAACGCAAGGUGCAUGAACAACCUGGACAUCGACCCGUCAGUGCUGUUCGUCAUGCUCUUCGGAUGCGACCUGCUGGAGGAGUACAUAGGCACGGUGAGGCUGGAGUCGGCAAUCAGAUAUAGCAUAAACCACCUGGACGGAAAGAUACAGGGAGAUUUGAUGGGAUUCAGCUACAGGAGUUACGGAGGACCCUCGCAUGGCACGGCAAUCUCGACGCACAAGGACGACGUCUUCUCGUACAUAGGCACGGUGGAAACGUACAGAAUAGCGAAGCUGGCAGUGCUGCUGAGAGAUAGAAUAAACAGGUUCACGCAACUUAACGUGCUGCCGGACGAUUUUUUGCAAUUCAUGGAGAAAGCGAGCGAGGAAAUGUACGUGGACCUGCUGGUCUCCUCAGUGGGAUGGAUAUACGAAAACGCAGCGGACACGUACAUAUCGGAGACGACCUCGUUCCUGGGCCUGGGAGCGGCUAUGCCGAACCUGCAGUCAGUGGGAAGGAACCUGAACAACGGAAUCAACAUAGUGAAGGCCUCAGUGAACGCAGUGGGCCUGCUGAGUCAGUUCAAGUCGCUGUACGAUAGCAAGGCGAAGAACCACGGUGCAGAAAAGGGAAGCAAGCUUGAAUGUGACGAGUCGGGCAACGACGAGGCCUACAACGAUAACGGCAUGACGCUGCCGCCGGGCAUCAAAGAGGAGCAGGUGAUGGAGACAGUGGAGGCGGUGCUCGACUGCAUCAUGACAGUCGUGGUCUACGACGUCGAGUCCGCAGUGAGGCAGGCCUGCUUCAAGGUCUGCAAGGACGAGGACGUCGACGAGAAGACGAGGCUGAAGCGCGCUCACGUGAUGAAGAAGAUGGGGACGCGGAUGCAGGAAAUAGCGGAGGGCGUGCGCAAGAGGCAGGGGAAGUCGAAGGUGGACACGAGUAAGCUCAUUCAGCAGGCCUACGUCAGAGCCAAAAAAAUGUCAGACAAGGCCGAGUAG